UGACCCUAUUCCCGCGGUUCCUCUCUCCUCACCGUUGUGUAUUCUUUCCUUCGUUGAGCUUGGAUUGCUCUCAGGGAUGCCGGUGAGGGUGGUGGAAAGCUCCGCGCCUUCUCAGGUCUCGGGAGAAGAUGCUAGUCAUCAACAUGCUCUCCCUCCGGCGUGCUCACUUUUAAGUGUUGGAAGGGCCUUUUCGGGUACUCAGAAUGUCUCCAGUUUUCAAAAAGAUGAAGCAUGGAGGGUUAAUGUACGCAUCCAAGGCUGUGAUCUUGGUCAUGGCUAUUUGUGUGGUACUAUGGAAGCUCUGAAUGUCCCUUUAGCAGAUACACCUGUAGUUACCUUCUGGGAAGGAGAAAUUGUUGAUAUGAAAAACUAUACAUUUUACACUGGCAAGUGGGAAGCUACCCCAGAGAAUGAUAUCAAACACUGGUCCAAGUUCCCCGCUUUUUCUUCACUUUCGAGUCAAGUUGAAGCUGAUGGUGGCAAAUCUUUGGACUUGAGCAACUACCCCUACAUAUUUAUGAGAUGGAAGGAGCAGUACUUUGUGAAUGUCGGAACAGACUGCGGCCUGACAAUUGCAGGCUUCUACUAUGUCUGCUUUUCUUGCAGUGAUGGCUCCGUCAAUGGUUUCUAUUAUGAUCCGAACAGCAGCCCGUUUCAGAAGCUUGAGUUAAAGUCCACCAAUGAGGGGCGUUUGGGAUUCACUUUCUCUUCCUACCAGUUGCAAUAAGCUGUUUUUAACUUAUUUUCUCAAAUUUAACUGCUGUAUGAUCUUCUGUUGAUAUAUGCGUAAGUGCUUAUGUAAUGAACUAUUUGGACAAUGAAAUUUGUUCCACAAGACGAACACAAUCGAAUUA